AUGGAUCUGCCUGAGAAGAAAGAAGCACAUUUACCUGCUGGUUCUUUAGAGUCCGCCUGCUUCAUCCGUCACCAGCCACAGCUCAGCACGAGACCAUCUGCACUGAAGUUCAGGAGGAAGCGGGUGAUCAUGUACGAAACAAAGGGUGCUGCUCCUUUGAAUCACGUGGUCACGUGUCCCUCAGGUCAUGUGACCACUCGCCUUGGUCAUGUGUGCCUUCAGCCACCUCUGCAUGUUGAGACUAUAAACCUGGUUCUGGCCCGGUCAGGAGAUCUGAACCAACCCAACAUACGGAAUCCCCUUCACUUCCACUUCAUCACAGACUCCAUUGCUCAGCAGAUUCUGUCCUCCUUGUUCCACACAUGGAUGGUUCCUGCUGUCAAGGUGAACUUCUAUGACGCUGACGAGCUGAAGUCCGAAGUGUCCUGGAUCCCUAACAAGCAUUACUCGGGGAUCUACGGUCUGAUGAAACUGGUCCUCACCAAGACGCUGCCCUCACACCUGCAGAAGGUCAUCGUUCUGGACACUGACAUCACAUUCGCCACAGACAUCGCUGAGCUCUGGGCCGUCUUCCACAAGUUCAGAGGUCAGCAGGUCCUGGGUCUGGUGGAGAACCAGAGUGACUGGUACCUGGGGAACCUGUGGAAGAACCACCGACCCUGGCCAGCUCUGGGCCGAGGCUUCAACACGGGACAUCUUCAACGCUGUGAUCAAGCAGAACCCGUUCCUGGUCCACCAGCUGCCCUGCUUCUGGAACGUCCAGCUGUCCGACCACACGCGCUCUGAGAAGUGUUACAGGGACGUUUCAGACCUGAAGGUGAUCCACUGGAACUCUCCAAAGAAGCUGCGGGUGAAAAACAAGCACGUGGAGUUCUUCAGGAACCUUUAUCUCACCUUUCUGGAAUACGAUGGGAACCUCCUGCGCCAUGAGCUUUUUGGCUGUGCGAGUGAGGCCGACCUGAACAGUGAGAACCUCCAGAAGACUCUGUCAGAGCUUGAUGAAGAUGAUCCAUGCUAUGAGUUUCGCCGAGAGAGAUUCACACUCCACCGAACGCAUCUUUACUUCCUCCACUACGAGUACGAGCCCAGCUUGGACAACACCGAUGUCACGCUAGUCGCUCAGCUCUCGAUGGACAG